AUGCACAGGGCAGCCCGCGUCUACCAGGCAGUUGUAGUAUGUCUGCUCCUCGUCAAGGGCCUGUCCGCGUCAAACGACCCGGUCCAGCUGAGUGAGGCGUUUGGGGGACCCCACGGAGUCGAGUUCUCCGACCAGGCGGCCGUUGUUCCAGGCCAAACUAUUGGCUCGCUCAUGAUCCGAGCGAACAAACGCGUGGACGGCGUGUCGCUGGACGUCACGGGCCCCCGUGCCACGAAGUUCACGCACGGAGGAAGUGGCGGGACGGAGCACGUGCUCCAGCUCGGGCCGCAAGAGUACGUGACGUCGAUGGAAGUGCAUUGGGGCCAGAAAAGCGGUCGCACACGGGUUUUCUACCUCAGUUUUGGAACAAGUGCCGGCAACGCGGUCUCGGGCGGGUCCAAGACGGAUGCCAUGGAGACCGUGACGGCGCCAGAGGGCUUCCAACUUGGCGGCUUUUUCGGUCGAGGCGGCGACGAACUUGACAAGUUGGGCGCGAUUUGGUCCCGCAUUUCGGCCGACGCUCCAGCAACUGAGGCUCCAGUAACUGAGGCUCGCGCUACCCGGGCGACUGACCCAUCGCGAGACAGUGCAUCAAGCACGGGGUCAUUGGAGAGUUCUGCAGCCGAGUCUACCGAUGACGCUGGAACGGGGUCUACGGACUCAGCAAAGUCUACUGAUGGCGCUUCUGCCGGGUCUGCGGAUCCAGACGAGUAUACUGAUGACUAUGUGACGGGGUCUGCGGAUUUAGCUGAUUCUAUUGACGACGCUUCUGCCGGGUCUUUGGGCGGUUCGGGAGAUUCGGGUAUGAAGGCUCUUGGGGGUGAAUUAGAAUCGUGUGUUGGGGGCUCCGAUUCUUGUACCGCAUCUGAUGAAGAUUCGGCAGCAGCAUCUACGGCUGGAUCUUCUUCUACGGUAGCGGAAGCUCCUGCUUCAGAACCACUGGUUCCGCCAGGAACGGAAGCCCCCGCAGGCCCGACAAUCGAUGUGAAAGACUCCGUCGUGUUGAGCGAAAGUUUCGGCGGACCUCAUGGGAGAGACUUUUCGGACAAGAAUUUGGCCAAUUCAGGACAAACUGUCAAGUCCAUUGCCAUUUACGCCAACAAGCGUCUUGAUGGUAUCUCAUUGAGCAUCUCCGCACCCAAGGCACUUACUUUUACGCACGGAGGAACCGGUGGAACCCGGCAGGAAUUAGUGCUAGGUGACGGUGAAUACAUCAACUCGAUGGAAGUCCACAGGGGUAAAAAAGAUGGCAACGUGCGAAUUUUCUACGUGAACUUCCUCACGAGCGCAGGCAAAUCUUUGUCCGGGGGUACGAUGACAGGUGAUAAGUUCACGGUCACAGCACCUGAAGGCUUUCAGCUGGCCGGUUUCUUUGGCAAGGAUGGCAAAGAGAUUGACACGUUGGGAGCGGUAUGGGCGUAUAUCGAAUUUGUCAAGCCCGCCCCUAUCGUAGCUCCUGUUGGAAAACCAUCAGAAGACUCACCGGGUGAAGUAGUUCCUGUUGACAUCGCUGGAAGCUUGUCAGAAGUGAAGGCAAAAGUGAACAACCAAGCCGUUCAACUAAGCGAUUCAUUCGGCGGUCCUCACGGGGAACAGUUCUCGGAUCAGCGUGCUGUUACGUCUGGGAUGACCAUCACCUCCGUCACCAUUCGUGCUGCUAAGCGCGUUGACGGCCUCACGGUCCAAGUAUCUUUACCAAAGGAGAUGACUUUCACUCAUGGUGGGCCCGGUGGUAAGGAACACACAAUGGUGCUUGAACCAGGGGAAUACAUCACGAAAAUGGAGGCCCACUGGGGUCAAAGGAAAGGCCACACUCGUAUUUUUUUUCUAAGCUUGGGUACGAGCAAAGGGAGGUCAUUGUCUGGAGGAUCUCAGACCAGCGAAAAAGGGUCAGCGACAGCGCCCAAAGGCUACCAACUUGCCGGUUUUUUUGGUCGAUCUGGUGAUGAGAUGGACCUUAUUGGUGCUGUAUGGUCAAGUAUUGAAUACGUGAACGAGACUGUGUCCGCUCCAGCGGACGAGAACAUUAUGCUCAGCCAGUUUAUUGGCGGCCCCCACGGUAACGCCUUCUCAGACAUUAAGAAGAUCAAGUAUGGCCAUGUCAUUAGUACGGUCUCGAUUCGGGCGAAUUUACGACUCGAUGCUGUAACAGUGCACGUCACCGCGCCCGCUGACAUAAUCAUGAAUCAUGGUGGUAGUGGUGGAACUGAGCAGUCGCUUGAUCUCGGUCCUACGGAGUCCAUCACGUCAGUGGAGAUUCACGCGGGAAAGAAGUCUGGACGUACGCGUGUGUUUUAUAUCUGUUUUACCACCAGCGAGGGCAAAACGCUUGCUGGAGGAACUAAGACGGAUUAUAAAAUCACUGUGACGCCCCCGGAAGGCUUUAGGUUCGCUGGGCUCUACGGCCGCUCUGCUGACGAAGUCGAUCAACUCGGUGUCAUUUGGACGAGAAUAGAUGCAAAAAACUUGCUGCUUACGGACUCUUCGAAUGUGGGAAAUAACUCAUACGGCGGCACUAUACGUAACUGGGUGGGCCCCACCAUCGGCAAACACGGCGACACUGCGUGCUACCGCAAGUCGGUUGAAUUUGACAGCAAGAACAAGUGCCCGUUGGGCUAUGGUAAACAAGAUUUUGAUUGCGUCGUUCAGUGUCCGUUAGCCUACCCGGUUACGUGCGGUCUGGAGUGCAUUCCGCAGAACGAUGACUGUGUCAUGGCGGUACUGACAAAAAUCGGCGCAGCUGUCACUGUGGCAUUGAACCUAGUCACUGGUAACUUGCUCGGCAGCCUCUCGUUUGUCUAUAGAACCGCAAAGUGGGCUGCUUUGUGCGUGGGACAAAUCAUCAGUUUGAUCAGAGGUCUGCUUUUCUACAUGCGGUAUCGGCAAACCACGGCGCCCGUGGGAAAAGUAGAAGAGAUGCUCGCUGUUGCCUAUCAGGCUGACCUUGUCGUGCACGAUUUCCCUAUAACGGUAAUGAUAUGUUUGGGCUUUAAGGUCAGUGAAAACGCCAAGUACCUGUCCUACGCGCUCGCCACCGUGCAAGGUAUUGUGAAGGUGGUGAUCACCAACCCCGACUUGGUCAUUUCGAGUGCGUCGGACGUGAUCAAUCUACUUUCUGGCGCUGGCUUAGGAAACAAGUCAAGCACGACGGUGGACGAAGUGGAAGAUAUAAUUGCCAAGAACACAAGUUGCGGUUUCCACCUCAAGCGCCUCACUGAUCGUAUCACCCGCACUGUUCUCCUGUACCGUAACGAAAGCACUUCUGUCGCUGACCUACGCGUCAAGGUGUAUAAGACUUCGAUCGUGCUGAACGACAUUCCUGUGGUUACGAACAAUUGCAUGGAAGAACUUCUGGCUACCAAAACUGAGCUGGUGGCGUUCGAGAAUCGUGAUUUGAUUCGAAAGACAUUUGGGGUGAUCGUAGACCAGCUCAUUGAAACGGGUAAGACAGACAACGGCAAGGACGUUGCCGAGGAUGAAUAUGCGUUGGAAGUGGCCAACAUGGGCCUCGUUGGAUUGUCUCUUAUCGAUCCUAGUGGGAUUGCGUACCUGGCUUCACAAAUGGUGCAACCAAUUUGUGGACCAACCGCCUACGUGGGUGAAAUCGACGAUGGCACACUGUACGACGCGCUGGGACUCUCAGUGAUGGACGAAGCAUUUGUAGGCACCUACGGAUCGUACACGCAUUCGGGCGACGGCAUUGUCCAUUUCAUCUUUGAAAGCGUUGAUACGAAGGACGUGACGGUCAACAUUUACUCAGGCGGAGACGAGUACGGGGAUGUUGACAUUGGUGCAGGUGACAUCACGACUUGGGAUGCCACUUUUUCAGAGCUGGAAGACAAGACUUUGUAUCUAGAUCGUUGGCGUCCCGGGCUUUUCGGUCUACCUGGUAAAGGAGGUGGCUCGCUGUUGCUCUGGAUUCCUCGAUCGUCAGCAGGCGGACAUAUCACGAUGCACGUGCGGAUUAAUGCGUCGUAG